AUGGCGCCUAAGAAGAAGCCGAGGACUGCUUCCGGCCCCGCCUCGACGCUGCACUGCGAUUUCUGCCAGGAGAUUUGCGCUUCGAACUUGGCGAAUUGGCCCCACGAGAUAGACGACGACACUGGGCGACCAGUGGCCAAAGGCACCUGCUGCCAGACGUGCUGUGACUUUGCCGACGCCUCGGGCAAGGACAUCGGCAAGCUUCUGUCCGAGAAGGGGGGCGCGAAGAAGCGCGCCACGGAACUGACGGAACAACGGGCCGAGUACGCUAAGUCUCUCGACAACCCCGACGGCCGCGACUUCCCGUUGGAGGAGGUAUAUCUGGAGACCAUUUCGGAUGCUACCGUGAAGGAGCAACAUACGAUUGUGAGCAAGUAUGACUUCGAAUCGACGCACGGCGUCACCGUCGAGGAAGCGAAGCUGCGAACGUUCAAGGGCACCAAUGGGAGUGGGCAAGAGAUCAGCGGGAUCGUCCAGCGCGGCACUGGAGGCGACGUGUUGGAACUAUCUCAUACCCACAGGGUCGUGCGGAGGACCCCCGUCAUGUCAGGGGACGACCACAUGUUCAAACAGCAAGCGGAACUCAUUUUCCGGGAGCAGGCCAAAAAGAACCAAGACCUUCUGGGCUUCGAGGUGGGGGACCGAUACAAAGGGAAAAAGGCGGCCAUUCAUAUUUACGAUUUCGACGAGCUGGUCAGACUUUCGGGGAAGGCAUCCCAGGCGAAAGCAGCCCAGGCCAAGGGGCCACCACCGGGCACCCAGCAGCUCCUGCUACGUUCUUCGGGCGCUGCGGGCUGCGGCGCAUCGCCGCGGGGCAGCGGCAGCGGUGGUGGCGACGCUUCUGGCGAACAGCUCGCCUUGUGCGACGUCUCUUCCGCGGGCGGGGGGGACCCUUUGCCGUCAGAGGGUGCGCCCCUCAGCUCCGAUGCUGGCGGCGUGACGGGCGUGAUGCACGAGGCCGACGAUGACGAGGACGGCGCUGUCGGUGCCAGCCCCAGCGGGAAGGUUCGCGUCCAGCCGCCGAGCUAUUGGUUGGCAGUCUGCUCGUACGAGGUCGUACUUCAGGGGAAGGACGGCGGCCAUUUCCAGAAGCGCAUGAAUUGCGCGAGGGCUUGCGUCACCCGCCCUGGGACGAGCACGAUCGACGCAGGCCGUUUGGAGAUCGCCCUUGAGAAAACGCAGGCUUGCUUGGACCUGCGCGAUAUUUUGGCGAAGUGCGAGGGCGACGCGACAUAUUGGGAUGGUGUCCGGCCUGCUGUUGCAAAAUGCGUGUCGUUGAAUUGCACUUUUGGGUACCUGGAAACGAACAAGAACCUGUUGGGCGUGAAACUGUUAGGUGCUGCCAUGGAUCUGGCACAGAAAGCCAACGACAGCAACUUCGAGAAUUAUGUGUCGGACUUCGUCAGCAUAUUAAGCCCCUUCUCCCGCGACAUGUUCGUCGAGCUUGGUGGCGUGGUGGACGAGGACGAGGACGAGUUGGCGACGUUGUUCCCGAUGCAGAAAUCAUUUGAUCCCCUGCGGCCCACCUUCUCGGCUUUGCAGAUGCCGUCCGAGGAAAAGCUGGCCCUGAUCAGGGACAUCCUGGUAAACGACGUGUGGGCGAAGCUGCUGGGUCGAGGUCAAGACGCGACGUGCGUGAUCAUGUUGCUGUCGCAUCGCAUCGGUCUUUUGUUCGAAAAUGCCAUGGUUCACUUGGAAAACGUGCCAGAACCGUUCAAGGAUAUCGUGAAGGUCGCUCGGGUGCUCCACGCGCUCGCCGACACUGGGAACGACCGCCCUGAGCUCCAUUACGUUUCCCAGGUGGAGUCCGCAUUCGAGAGUGGGGAGCACACUGUAUUGGCGGAUCUUCGUGUCAUCAUCAAACGCAGCGACUAUUGGGUGACGGCCUAUGAUGACAUUCUCAAGAAUGAGGAGCGGUACAAACACAAUUACCCGAGGUACGAAAAGGCAGUUCGGUCUUUGAAGCGCUUGGACAGCGCGGGAGGGGAUGUCCCGACAGAGAUCACGAGGAUCAUCGAUGAGGAGCGGCCAGAUUACGUCUCUGGCGUUCGGAGUACGCGCAAAUUGGACGUUGUGGGCCAACAGAAGGCUGACUCCUAUCUGAGGAACAUGCUCCGUGAUAUCGCUGACAAGAAUAAUACCGUUGACAGUUGUCGUUUGGAUGCUCUUCUCACGUUCGCUACAACAGUUUCGGCUUGUUGGCCAGAUAACUCCGACAUCGUUGCAUCGCGUCAGAAGUUGCAGGUGUUGCAGCGGGAGCUUAAGAGCUCAACUAUGAAAGCUUCCAUGGUCAGUGCCGCCGAGCUUUGCGAAGCGAGCCCUGGCGACACCGACAAUUAUGAGGAGAUGCACCGUUUGGUUUGCGAUGCUGCGGGCGCCCAGCUCGCGCCUGAGGAGGCUGCUGGCAUCGUCGGUUCCAUGGCCGCGUGUCUCCGCUACCUCUGCAGUGACAACUCUGGCCAGGACAUCUCCGCAGACGAUCGCCGCAUCCAUAUCGUGAGUGAGGUCGCCAGUUUCCUCGGGCCAGCGGGCGAAACUGUCGUCGAGCAGGUGGGCGCGCUCCGCCUGUUCGUCGGGAUGAAGGCCGCUCUGACCAAGUACCUCGGCCUCGGCGAUCAUGCGGAAGCUCGGGCGGCCGCGGACGGGCGGUCCGAACAGCUGCUCGGCCUCAUGUCGGAAAGGGAUGCGUACGAGGCGAAGGUGAAGAACGCGGGCUCGGACCUCCUCGAUGGGCUGCCCGCCGAUGUCGGCGCGACCGUGGCCCGCGCGAGCGAGGUCAUCGACGUGGCCUCGCGCGCUAUUGUCUCCAAGGCGGCGGUCGAGCUGGACAGGGCCGUCAAGGUGUGCGAGAGCCGUCUGGUGUUCAAGGAGGACGAGGCGGGGAACACAGAUUGGCCGUCGAUCGCGGCCACGUGCGAGAGCGACGGGCAGGUUGUCCAGGCCGCACAGGGGAGGAUCCUGAACGUCGACCCCGACGUGCUGUUUCAGGAGAUGACGGCGCUAGAUGACGGGCUCCGCGCGUAUGCGAACGCCACCGACACUUUCUCUAUCAAAGGCGACGACCAGAAGGCGUCCCACGCGAGCAACAUCAGUUUCUUGUGCGGAGUGCUGAGGAGUGAGAUCCUGGUCGUCGGGCUCCAUGACAGUUCUCGUUACGACGCUCAGACUAAGAAGAACAAGACGCACAGCAUCCAGAAAUUGGUCGGCAAGGAUUCGUGGGGGAAGAUGACGCCGCAGGUGUCGUCCAUCGCAAAAAUCCUGAAGAAGGGGAUGUGA